CACGCCGCUGACGUCCCGUGCUCGUCGUCCAAGGGUUGCUCCGCACCACGACCUUUGAGAUCGCGGCACCUGCAUCCCCGAGGACCAUGGCUGUGCUGUGGGUCCUGGUGCUGCUCGUGGCCGGAGCUAUGGGGCAGGACUCGCUGCUCAACACCUGCAUGGAUGCCAAGCACCACAAGGCAGAGCCUGGCCCCGAGGGGCAGCUCUAUGGGCAGUGCUCGCUCUGGAAGGACAACGCCUGCUGCACGGCCAACACCAGCCUCGAGGCGCACCGGGACCAGUCCUACCUGUAUGGCUUUAACUGGGACCACUGUGGGGUGAUGCCCCCCAGCUGCAAGCGCCACUUCAUCCAGGACACCUGCUUGUAUGAGUGCUCCCCCAACCUGGGGCCGUGGAUUGACAAGGUGGGGCAGGACUGGCGCCGGGAGCGGAUCCUACACGUGCCCCUGUGCCGGGAGGACUGUGAGCAGUGGUGGGAGGACUGCAGGGACGCGCUCACCUGCAAGGAGAACUGGCACAAGGGCUGGGACUGGAGCUCAGGUACGAACCGGUGCCCGCAGGGGUCUCUGUGCCGCCCGUUCCCUGCAGUGUUCCCGUCUCCAUCCGCGCUGUGUGAACGGGUCUGGUCUCACUCGUACCGGGUCCCGGGGCUGGGCAGGGGCAGCGGCCGCUGCAUCCGCCUCUGGUGGGACCCGGCGCUGCCCAACCCCAACGCUGCCGUUGCGCUGUUCUAUGCCCGCGGCGCUGCCCCCCCCGGAGCCCCCUGGCUGCCGGUACCGGCCGUGCUGGGGCUGCUGCUGCUGCCCGUGGUGAGGGGGGUGCUAUGA